AAAUAACACUAAAAAACGCCAAAUUUAGCUUCUUCGUAGUCAACUGCUCAGUCUUACCACUAAAACAGCUGAUUGCCGUUUUCGUGGGGGGCAUGUUUUGUUCAUUUGCGAUUACGUUUUUCAAAUUGUGCUUAAAGCUGUACAUUUCUCGGUGACAAUACGCUCACACACCUGAGAAAGGGAGUGGGAGAGUCGCGGCCGGAGAGCCAUUCGCCAGGCGGUACCGGCUCUAUAAAUAUGGCUGCUCGUCAGCUAGGCCGCUUAGUCCGCCGCGUUCCCCACCCCAAAUCGCUAGCCGUUAAUCCCUUGAGCACUUCCAGUGCGGUGAAUAUCGACGGUACAGUAAACACCUGCCGUGCAGUGAGCCCCAGGCCCAUGAACCACAUACGUUUGGCUGCUCCCAAGGAGCAGCUGGCGACAGUGCGAUCGAUGUCCCAAAAUACCCUAGCAGAGCUGGUUUUCAAUCCAAGUAUUAAUGGAAAUCACAGUACGACUAACGGUUGCUCCAGCCAUAACAACAUUAACAAUAAUAACAAAGCUGAGAAUGAAGCCUUUGAGGAGGCCAUCAAAAAGCUAAAUUCUCUGCAGUCGAACGAUGCUGCCAUUCGGAAUUCCAUGAACAAUGCCCGAGUGGAUACAAAAGCGGAUACCGUUAAAUAUUUGGAGCGGAGCGGUCUGCCAUUGGAAACUGUCGAGCAGCUGUCAUUCAUUCAUGUGGCCGGUACCAAGGGCAAGGGCUCCACCUGCGCAUUGACCGAAUCCCUGCUGCGUCAUCAAGGCUUUCGCACGGGAUUCUUCAGUUCCCCGCACAUUAUGUCCACCAAUGAACGAAUCCGCAUCGAUGGCCAGCUGCUGGCCAAGGACAAAUUCACGGAGCAGUUCUGGAAGGUCUACAACCGCCUGUGGGAACUGCGGGAGCACGAUCACGACAUGCCGGCCUACUUCAAGUUCCUUACCAUCCUGGGUUUCCAUGUUUUCGUGGUGGAGAAAGUGGAUGUGGUUGUUUUGGAAGUUGGCAUCGGCGGCGAGCACGACUGCACGAAUAUCGUGAGAAAUGUUCGCACAGUGGGCAUCACAUCGCUGGGACUGGAGCACACUGAGCUCCUGGGUCGCACUCUGCCGGAAAUCGCCUGGCAGAAGGCGGGCAUCAUCAAGCCCGGGUCCCGUGUCUUCACGCAUGUCAGUCAGCCGGAGUGCCUGGAGGUGAUUCGCCAGCGGACGAAGGAGCGGGAAGCCACGCUCUACGAAGUCCCGCCCACCGAGGAUUACUUCCGAUCGGAGGCAUAUGCUCCACUUUGGGAGACCUUCAGCCACAUGAUUCGCCUGAAUGGCUCCCUGGCCAUUCAGCUGGCCGAAGAUUGGAUAUCGCAGGCGAGAAACCAGGAGCACACGCCCAACGAGGUGAGGAUGGAUCCCCAGUUGCUUCGCGGUCUGGUCAGCACCCAUUGGCCAGGUCGUUGUCAGCUGGUCGAAUGGCAGGGCAUGCGACUCCAUUUGGACGGAGCUCACACACUCGAGAGCAUGGCUGUGUGCACCGACUGGUUCGGAAAGAGCGUGCAAGACAGUGUCAACCCGAAGAUCCUGAUCUUUAAUCGCACUGGAGAGGUUGGGUUUGGUCCCCUGCUGGAGCUUUUAAAUGCCACCUGUGCCUUCGACAUGGUCUGCUUUGUGCCCAACUUGGCCACCUCCACGCCAAAUGCUCCCAGUCAGGUAAUGGUUCGUUUUAGUGCCGAAAUGCAAUUGAAGCGGGCGAGAACCAUUGCCGAUGCAUGGAGCCAACUUUGCCAAGAGCAAAAGCAAAAGGAUGAGGGUCAGGUGUACGACACACUGACCGAUGCCUUUACCGCCAUUCGACAAAGAUUUCCUCAAACGGAAAACGGAGGACAACUGGAGGUCCUCGUUACCGGUUCCAUUCAUCUCUUGGGAGCAGCCAUAAGCGCUCUGGAUCUUAUGAGUCCCAAAGCUGAGAAUCACAUUCCUGUUCCAACCUGUGGAUCACAAAAAGCAAUCGUUUAAAAUUAGAUUUAGUUAAGAUGGGCUGAAAAUUAGGGUAAGCUAACUUCGCGUGGAAUUUAAAAUAUUUUUUAUAUAUAUUUUAAAGUUAUAUUUUAAAGUGGAAUAAUUUUUUUUAAAGUAUAUUUGUUUAUUAAAUCUAUGCAAUGAAGGAACACGAACAAAUAUUAUAACUGAAUCUACCAGAUAUAGUUCUGUGCACACCCAUUAAAUGACUUUUAGUAAAUAGAAAUACAUAUGUACCAUUUAUUCGUAAUACUAUUAUGAUGUCCUUUUAAGUAUGCAACAUACACAUCCUAUUAAAAUAAUAUACCGAGAACUUUAUAA